AUGUCAUCCAGCGACCUGGAGAAUCAGAUUAAUGUGGACCCGUUUGUUAUAAUUGACGAGAGAACACUUGAAGAUGGCACUAUUCGAGUCGUCCAAAGCGAUGUUGGAUUUGUCUAUGGAAGACAUGGGGAAAUUGUCACUGAGGAGGAUGUUGACAGACUCGAGACUGUGAGAUGCGAGAUUGAACAGUUGGGAUGGUUGCUUGCACUGUUGGAUGAGGAAGGCAUGAUACUGUUUAAGCGUGAUCAGGAAGUGCCUUUGGGAGAUGAUGAUGUCGCUGAGUUGUGA